GACAAGUUCUCGCCGUAGUAGGAUAGGAUCCGUGAAUUCGCUCCCGUUAACGGUGGAUUCCGGUCCGCGUAUUUUUACGUGGACUUCACGGCAUUGCGUCACGUUGAUGAAUUUGAAGUGAUGCUACCGAGAGGCGCAUCCGUCCGCUUAUGAUAAACAAAAUUGCGCCAGUCGCUUUCAUUUGCGCGUAAAUAACGAGCGUUGCCGAAGGUGUGAUAUAUAUUAAAGAAAAUACUGAAAUAGGAAAGUGGCUUAAAUCAGCGCGUGUAUGUGUGUAAAUAUAUACAAACACGCUUAUACUCAGGUGGGCCAACGUUUUUGCGCGUGUCGUCGGUGGUCUCGCGCACAGGACGGUAAUAUAAACCCGGUUUACGCGGCUCGGGAUGAUCGGUAAGGCUCAUGCACGCGCUCUUCCGUUCGAUAUCCGCACCAUCCCGGGGUGUGACGGAUAGACACGGAUCCGCCGCUGCGCCCAUGGCGGGUCCCGCAUUCACGGGAGCGCACGGGACCUGGAUCACAUCUCGGCUACGGGAGGACGCGUCAUCUUCUUCAUCAUUAUCAUCGUCAUCGUCCGCAGAGAAACCGCGCAAACGGAGAGCCUUUAACCUGGUCAAACUGCGGCAGCCCACCGCCCCCGGUAACAACAACACUCCGUUUGUGAUCUCCGGUCAUAUCAAGCACAUCUGCAGUAACUGCAGCCGCGGGAAUGACAUCCGGGACGCAGAGGGUGCCGAGCGGCUGGCGGCCAUGCGCUCCGAUUCUCUGGUGCCCGGGACGCACACGCCGCCGAUCCGCAGACGGAGCAAACUGGCCAGUCUAGGACGACUCUUCAAGCCGUGGAAAUGGAGAAAGAAAAAGAGCGACAAGUUCAAACAGACGUCUGCAGUGCUGGAGAGGAAGAUGUCGACCCGUCAGAGCAGAGAAGAGCUCAUCAAGAGAGGCGUGCUGAAGGAAGUGUAUGAGAAAGUAGAGGAGGUCAGCGGUGACAUGUGUGUGAGUGACCUGGACAGACAGACGGUCAUCAGUCCAGUAUCAGAGUCUGUAGACACCAGCGUCACAGCGGCAGUGUCGUUCUCAGAGGUCCAGUCGUCUGGAGAAACUGUGGCGUGUCUCUCAGAUCUCGUCCCAAAGCCAUCUCAAGCCCCGCCCUCUGUGAAGCCUGUGUCGUUGCCUGGCGACAGCGCUGACAUCUCUCACGUGAGGCCGUCGUCACUGAAACAGCCUCCUGCCUUACCGCCGAAGCCAUACAGCAGAAUUCCCAACCAUCUCACAGAGACGCUUGCCAGACUGUCACCGCCUCUCCCUCCAAAGAAAGUGAUGAUAUGUGAGCCAGCGCCCUCGUUUUCCCUCAAAUGCCUGCCGUCCCAGGGCACGCACACGCACACACACGCACUCGCACAUGCUCACUCGCAGCAGUUCGCCACACUGCCGCUGUCGCUCCACCCGCCCAGCCGCAUCAUAGAGGAGCUCAACAAAACACUCGCGCUCACCAUGCAGAGGCUCGAGAGUUCUGUACUGCAGGCGGUGCCAUCUGUCCUGAUGGAGACGGAAGAGGAGAAGGAGAACAGAGAUUCAAUGCACCAAACUCCCGCCAACACACACACGCUCAUCACACACACCUUCAGCUCGCAUGAGGAAGAGGACGAGGAAGAGGAGGAUGACGACGACUCGCUGUUUACAAGUACUCUGGCUUUAAGGAUCUUACGGAAAGAUUCGCUGGCGAUCAAACUGAGCAAUCGCCCGUCGAAGAGGGAACUGGAAGAUAAAAACAUCCUACCCAUGAUGACCGACCAGGAGCGACUGGAGUCCAGACAGCAGAUCGGCACCAAACUGACCCGUCGUCUCAGCCAGAGGCCAUCAGCAGAGGAGCUGGAGCAGAGAAACAUCCUCAAACCUCGCAACGAGCAGGAGGAGCUGGAGGAGAAGCGGGAACUGAAGAAAAGACUCUCGAGGAAGUUGAGUCAGAGACCCACCGUAGAGGAGCUCAGAGAGGCCAAAAUUCUCAUCCGCUUCAGCGAUUACGUGGAAGUGGCCGAAGCUCAGGAUUACGACCGUCGAGCGGACAAACCCUGGACGAGACUCACCGCUGCCGAUAAGGCUGCCAUACGCAAAGAACUCAAUGAGUUCAAAAGCACAGAGAUGGAGGUGCACGAGUCGAGUCGACAUCUAACCAGGUUUCAUCGGCCAUAGUGACGCACUUCAGUCAAUCAGUGAACUCUCUCUUUUGGAGCCGUUAAUACUUUAAUGGGACACUGAACAGACUGCUGCACAUUUUGAUCAGGAAUCACAUGGAGGAACGACCCGCCGCUCGGAGCAACAGAUCCUCCAGGACUCUCGCCACACGUCCACCGUUCAGAUGGAUUUUGAGUCCCGUCGAUGUGCCGGUGGAUACGAACCAGCUGAUGUGCGGAUAUUUGUGUAUAUUUUGACAAGAUAUUACGUGCUCUUCGCCAUGAAUUUUUCUCUUUUUUUUUUCUUUUUUUCUCCAGGCGAUGGUUUUUAAUGCAGCAGAUAAUGUAGUUGAUUUUCUACUUGUAACUGAGAAAUUAUUCCACAGUCCUUUUAGGUUAUAAAAACAUUGAAAACACAAGGGAAAUGACUUUUCUAAUGCAUUAUCACACACAAAAUAUAACCGUCUUAUAGUCCACACUUUCUGCGCUUUUAAUUUUGGACAUUUAUGCAUCUGUCAGAUGCUUUUAUUAUCAGUUCAUGCAUUUCCUGGGAAUCAAACCCAUUACUAACGCUGUUAAUGCUACAGAAAUUCACACUUUAAAGAGGACCUAUUAUGCCCCUUUUACGGAGUCUUGUUUUUGGGCUCUACUAGAGCAGGUUUUCCUGCUUGUAUGUUCAUUAUUUUCCUCAUAAUCUCCAUUGUUCAGCUCCUCUCUUCCCAGUCUGUCAGUAACGCUCUGUUUAGUUCCUGUCUCUAUGAAGCCCCUCCUUCUGAAAAGCACAGUGCGCUCUGAUUGGUCGGCUGGAGCAGUGUGUUGUGAUUGGUGUUUGGGAAAUGUCCCGCCCCUUACCAUUACCGCCAGUUUCAACACACUACUAACUAACUCAACCAGGCCCCGCCCCUUUAUUUUGCGUAUGAAUUAUUUAAAUGAGGAAUAUUGUGACGUGUUCGUGCCCGGAAGAAACUCAAGACUACAGUGGAGGGACUUUUUCAUGCUCAAACAUCAACGUUAAACACUAAAGAGUUGAACAUGGACAUAAGCAAAAUAGGUCCUCUUUAACCAAUAGCAAAAAAGCAAACUUUUGUCACGCCCACACUACUGACCAAUCACAGCGGAGGCGAUCUCGACAGGCUCAUGCAACAGGACAGAGCAAUAAUGUGACUGUCAGACUGUAUAUUCAUGUUUUCAAACCGGCUCUUUUAUUUCUCCUCGUCUCAAAACGCGCUCAAAGGUGCUCGGUGGUCAUGUGAUGCACCCUUUAAGCUCCGCCCACUCUACAGGGUGUCGUGUUGCCAAAAUAAAAACCAAAACAUUCAAGAAACUCAAAAUAAUCAGUGUUACAUUCUUUUUUUUUUUGUAUUUUAGUCACAGUUUUCACAAAAAUUGUAACAAUAACACUUUACAAUAAGGUUUCAUUAGUUAAUUAGUGUUACCAUACGUUUUUAAAAUUAAAAGUUGUGUUUGUAAACAGUCAAUGCAUUGUGAACUAACAUAAAACAAAUGUAUUUUUAUUAACUAUGAAAGAUUAAUAAAUAUAUUGCUCACUGUUAGUUAAUACAUUAGCUAAUGUUAACAAAACAUGAGACCUUAUUGUAAAUGUUACUAUUGUACCAUUUUUAUGUUAAUAUAUUAUUUAUAAAUAUUUUUAACUGACUUUGAUACUGAACACAUUGACAGGGCAUUGGGCAUUAAACGAAAAAAAAAUCAACCAAAAAAAAAAUUAUAUAUAUAUUUCUGUCUUUAUUCACACUCAUUUAUUCCGAAACCUACGUUAUUUUGUUCUGUGGAUCAUAUAAAGGGAAUUUCUGAGAAUUUUAAGCACUUUUCCAUGAAAAAAGAUCAAACAGGCUUGGAAUAAUCGGCUCAUUUCAUGGACGAUCUGCUUCUUUGAGUGAUCACACGCACUCUGGUGUCACAGAAGAGCAGAAGUCCUCAUGUUCUGAAUGACGGAUGUGUUUUCUGUUUACAGUCUGUUAGUGUUUCUCUCUUCCGCUGCUGCUAUUAGCUCAGAGACCGCAGGAAGAGAGCGGACAGGCAUGUCGUGUAACGUACUGUCACUCCUGAAUGAUGUAUGCAGAUUCUGAUGUAAAGGAACCUAAUAAAUGACAAACUACACACA